AUGGCGUGGCUCAGAAGCAAACUCCACGAUCUUCAGAGAUCGUCUCUGAACGCAUCGGCGUCGUCAUCCCUCCGUUGUUCUCAGAGACUACUACGAAAAUUGAAAAACCCAGCAGAGGCGGUGAAGAUGAGUGGUUCUUCCUGGGGAAGUAUAGUUAUUAUUUUGGGAGUUCUUUUCUGCACACAAGUUUAUUGUGCAGCAGAAGGUGACAAGUCUGUAAGAGCAUUGAAAAGUCGCCUUCGAACUUCGUCAACAUGGCGAUUGGUUGUGUCUUUUGCGCAAUCACAGACUUCUCAUGGUCGAGUAAUUUACGCUGCCACAGACUACAAAAAAGAAAUUCAAGCUGCUUGGGAGAAGACUAGAUCAGAUGCCUCUUUAUCGGACGUAGAAAUAUCUUACGUAGAGGCACGAGAAACACCAUUAACCGAUUCAUUGUCUUACCCACUAUCACUUUUAAACAAAUUUUGCAUGGACAUCGAAAAUGGGAAGACAAUUUUAAGCAUUGUAUUAGGCAGCGGUCCAGCAGCGAGGUUUCUCGUCACAGCUGCGUCAUCUCUAAACCUUCCAACUUUAUGGAUGCCAUUUACCUAUAGAGAUUUCAUCCAACAGGGAAAAAGAGCUCGUUUCGAGAGUCGCUUGGGAUCAAGUGAUCGGGAAGUAGGAGCCGCUGCAGCCGCCCUGAUGCACACAGCAAACUGGCACGCGUUCACUCUUCUCAUUGACACAACAUUGCUUCCAGUGGAUUAUCUUCUGCAGACACAUCGAAUAAACCUCACACCCAGAUCGAUUAUCCAUCUUCCAACGAACGACAAGACUUUAAAGUUAAGACUUCGUAGAAUCUCAGUAGAAGGUGGGAGUGGCGGUGUUCUCGUGAUGGGAUGCGACUUGAAUAGCGCACGAAAAAUUAUCAAUGCUGCAAGCAAAUUCGAAAUGCUGUCUGGCAGAUUUAUAUGGCUGUGGAUUGACUUGAAGGAAGAAUUGAGAUCAAACGAACCCAAUUUGAUUGACCCGCAAGUUCUGCAUGGCUCUCGGGUAGGGCUUACACCUGAAGAACAUCUACCGCCCCUAGACAAUUUGGAACGUAACAACAUCAAUCUGGUUCGAGGGCAUGAACUGAAUUUAAAUUUAUUACCUAAUUUAGCGAACGAUAUUCAUAGACUGCAGGAGAGUAGAUGGACAAGUGACCAAAUUGUAGUGAAAAAGCGUCAAGAUAAGUCCGUAAGUAAUAUGGGGGAAGAUGAGGAGGUGGCUGAAAAUGGUAAACUAGCAGACAAAAAGUUAAAUUCUAAAAGUUUUAUGCCAGUAGGAAUGCUUGCUUUAACGCCUUCGAGUUUUCAUUUUACAAAUGGAGACGAUGGCAGACCUUCCACUCGGCGCCUUAUAAGUGGUGAAGAAAUGCUGAGAGCGACUUCCCAGGCUUUGGAAGAAUCUAUCGCUCAACUCAAACCGCAACUUGCGCGACUUCGUGAUCCUCAAAUAAAGGAUUAUUUUAUACCUGAAUGCCUCGCUCAUAGCCAGGCUAAGUUUUUAGCUAACGAGUUUAGAGAAAAUAUGUCCAGAGUCCUUACUAAUAAAUUACGAAAGUCCAUGCAAGAAAUUUCCAGCAAUAAAGCUGAAUUUCAAUUACUAAAUCUGCAAGGUGUCUCAUUCGCUGCCAAUAAAACUCUCUUAAAAUGGACUAAGGUGGGCACCGUUAAAGGAGGCAAGAUUGUACGUCUUGAUACAAUAAUCUGGCCAGGUGGAGGUAUUAUGCCAGCGUAUCUGGAAGAAGGUGGUGAAAAAGUCGGAAUGCCGUUGUUUCGCAUAGUAACUGCUUUAGCUCCACCCUUCACAAUGGCAACGAAUCUACAAGAAGGUCAAUGCCUCAGGGGAUUAAUCUGUCUACAAGGGAAUGACAUCAAAUGUUGUUAUGGUUUUACCAUGGACUUAUUGGCACAAGUAUCGCGAGAAUUGAAAUUCCGAUUCAACCUCUACAUAGCGAAAGAUGGAUUUUUUGGAAGAAAAAAUGGAAGAGCUGGUUCUUGGAAUGGUGUGAUCGGAGAACUGGUAUCGGGUCAUGCUCAAUUAGCAUUUGCGCCCUUGAGCGUUUCUACAAUCAGAGCUGAAGUAGUGGAUUUUACAACUCCUUACUUUUUUAGCGGAGUUAGUCUUCUAUCUGCUCCGAAACAUCGAUCAGAAAUUCCACUAUUAGCUUUUCUGCAACCAUUUAGUCCGCAGCUGUGGAUUGCAGUAUUUACAUCACUAAAUAUCACAGCAAUGGCCGUGGCUGUUUACGAAUGGUGGAGUCCGUUCGGACUAAAUCCAUGGGGCAGACAACGGAGUAAAAAUUUUUCCAUAGCUUCUGCACUUUGGGUCUGCUGGGGGUUGCUUUGUGGUCAUCUCGUGGCAUUCAAAGCUCCUAAAUCUUGGCCAAACAAGUUCUUGAUCAACGUCUGGGGUGGGUUUUCUGUAAUUUUCGUAGCAUCGUACACGGCCAACAUAGCGGCUUUGAUAGCAGGGCUUUUUUUUCAUUCGUCGGUCAGCACGCACCGAAGUCUUUUGUCCCAAAGAGUUGGAGCACCAAAAUCAUCUUCUCCAGAGUAUUAUGUGCAAAAAUCAGAUUUAAGAUUGUGGUCUCAUAUGAUUAAAUAUUCGUUGACUGACAUAGCUGAAGGUAUUGAAAGACUUAGAAAUGGAACUCUCGACAUUCUGGUAGCAGAUACACCUAUCUUGGAUUAUUAUCGUGCCACGGACAAUGGUUGUAGCUUACAGAAGGGUCCAGCUCAUAUCAUGGACGAUGACACGUACGCUAUUGCACUUUCGAAAGGCCAUCCCCUUACCGAAAGUAUAUCUAAAGUAAUUGCCAACUAUACAAGCAAUGGAUUUUUAGACAUCUUGCAAGAGAAAUGGUAUGGUGGUUUACCUUGCAUCAGAGAUGGAGAAUAUGGCAUUGAACGCGAGCAUGGUGGUCAGCCACGACCUCUUGGUGUUGCUUCAGUGGCAGGAGUUUUUUGCUUACUUGGAAUGGGAGUUCUUCUAGGAACCAUCAUUCUAGCUGGAGAGCAUUUGUUCUAUAAAUAUACCUUGCCCAGAUUGCGACAUCGGCCAAAGACUUCUGUUUGGCGCAGUCGCAAUGUCAUGUUUUUCUCGCAAAAACUAUACAGAUUUAUCAACUGCGUGGAGCUGGUCAGUCCUCAUCAUGCAGCUCGUGAACUGGUGCACACCGUUCGACAGGGACAAAUUACAUCAUUAUUUCAGAAGAGCGUAAAACGGAAGGAACACGAACAGCGCCGUCGUCGCAAAAGUAAAGCUCAGUUUUUCGAAAUGAUUCAGGAAAUACGAAGAGUACAGCAAGAAGAGAAGGUAGACAUAGCCAGAAAAGCGUCUGAUGCGCAGCGUGCAGCGAAAAAAGAGGAAAAUAAGACAGGAAGAGAACGAAGUCGAAGCCGAAGUAAAAGCCCAUUGAUGCCAAGUAGUCCAAGAAGGACAGAGAAGAGCAGAAGUUCCACUAAUUUGUCGAGCUCAAGACUGGGUCUAUCUCCCGUCAGCUUGGACCCAAGUAUGAAGCCAAAAGAGUUCACCUUAAGCAAUACGAAUCUGAGAGCAAGAAGUCCACUGGAUACAGUAGGUCGUAGAUUAAGUCACGGAGAUGGCGAUUCACCUCCUCCUCCACCAUAUCCAGGUUCCAAUUUCGGUGGAAGUGCAAAUUUGAGACCAGUAGCGCCACCGAGAGGUGAUUCUAUUUCUGGCUUCAAUAGUCAGCCUCCGAGAUAUUCUCGAAGUCCCGCAAAGAGAGGACAAUCAUUUCCCGUCUUUGCAACUCUGCGACCUCCACAAUCAUCAGGGAAUAAUCAGACUUUUAGAAGUCCUUUACUUUCACCAAAUAGUGAUUUGACCUCUGUUAUAGGUCGAAAAUUGUCAAGAGAGUGGGGCUCCGGUAUCCUGGAAAUAACCAGGUCGUCCGAGGCUAUCGGAUCCUGUUCUACUUUCACACUGAACCAGGAAGCGGCAUCGUCUGGCGAGAGCUCCAAGCGGAAAAAGAGUCAGGGUGAUAUUGUUCCGCUGAAAAAGCCUGUCCGGAGGGCGAGAAGUCACGAGAAUAAAGACACUGGUAAAUCGAUGACUGAUCUACAGUCGCCGAGAUUAAACGCCCAACCAGUUGUGGGAGGUAAAUUGGUGAGUGAACGAACUAAAAAGCAGUUGGAAUCUGAAUUGAAAGCAAUAUUAACAGCUCGUGCACAUCAUCGUGAUUUACUUGAUCCUCCUUGAUAGAUGAUCGAUAUUCCGUAAGAGUUCUAGAAAGCAACCAGCUUUAAAUAUCGUCGCCUCUGAGGGGCUUUGAUUGACACAAGAAAUAUCAAAUUUAUAGGUCAAUUUUUAAAAGAAUCCGAGAGUUUAAAAAGUGGUACUUGAGAAAAGUUUUGCGUAUUGCAUGACGAAAGGCCGAGAGUUUGAGCAAACUUUCUGGUUUGCUCGCUCGUUGUUAUGUACAUUGAUAAAAGGGACAAGAUUAUAAUAAUAGAAAAAUAAUAAUUCUAUCAAUUUUGGUAGACGUGUCUUAUGCAAAUAUUAAGAUAUUUUCUUGUUGGCAUUUUAAAUCUACAUUAACCGUGGGCCCGGGUGAGUCUCUCUUUCGAUUGCAAUAGGAAUAUUAUUUUAAAAUUUUAAAUUUAGAUGUUUUAAAAAAGAGAUAAGAAAAAUAAAAAAUAUUCAGUGUCAUAGUAACAUUUAGAAUGAAAUCAUUUUAGAGAAAAAGUGUUAGUGACAUAGGUGCGUCAAAAUUCCGGCGCUGCAAUUUUUAUUACACGAAGAUUUUUUUACAUACUCCUAGAGUCACCAUUCAUCCAAGUAGUCUAUAUUUAUUAUUAAGUACUUUUAGAGUAAUCGUAGUUUUGUAGAUUUGUGAGAAAGUGAAAACUCGCAUUUGCAGAACUGUACAAUGUCAACAACAGCCAUUGGUUCGAAAAACCAUAAAUGCCAAAUAAUUACAAAUGUAAAGCAAUUAAAAGGAAUUUAAAGCCUCCGAUCGAAAUUGAAAGGGAGAGGUGAAAACUUAUAUCUACAUUUCUGACUUGACCAGUACUGACAAUAAAGGUUUGAGUAAUUCGCAGGCAAGCUUUAAAUAGUCAUACGAAAAGAAUAGAAAAAAUGAUUUGCAAAGCUCCCUCGUAUCAAACUGACAUUAAAAAUAUUAAUUGCUAUUGUAGAACGAGAGACUCGUACAGGGGUUUUCGGCGUAGAAUGACCACUUACAUAUGCGUGAUUUAAAAUUAUAUAGAAACCAUAUUUUCGAUUGGACGAGUCAUUUUCGUGCCGAUUGUGGGGAUUCGAAUUUAAGGGAUGUUGCGAGUCCAACUUGAAAAAAGAAAUCUGUAUUAUACAUUUUUAGUACACAAUUUAAGGGUUAAUUCAUUUACGCCAGACUGAUAUAUCUUACAAACAUGAUUGACAUCGUUUAUUGAAUCGCUAGACUGUGCAAUGAAUAAAUAUCAACAAUUGCAGGAAUUGCUUAAUUGAUCCAAUUGGAAUUGAAAAAAAGUAUUUUAGCCGUCAUUUUUGGAAUCCUUUCGAUCGACUGAAAACGACCUACUUAUUUUCUUUUCUUUAUCUAGGAUGUUGAAGUGAAUGAAUGGGACUAAAUUAAAUACUUCCUACUUUCAAAUGAUUGUUGCGUGAGGCCUUAGGUAUAGUUGUAUCCGCCCAAAAGUUGAAUUAUACAAGUACCAUUACUCUAUUCUCUACAUUAUAUUAAAUAGUUGUAGAUAUUUAGUUUCAUAGUUUAUAUAUAUUACUGUUAAAAUCUAAUCUAUCCUUAAAUUGGUGAAAAUUAUAAGCAGUAGAUCCUCGUAUAUCGUGUCAGUUUGUUUCAAGUGGCAGGAAAGAUGAAUUUUUAUCCAUCAGAAUGUUUUGAUUUUCAUUGAAACAGUCACCUUUCCCUGUUCCCUUUAUAUAUUUGUGGAAUAUAAAACUUUAUCCCUAGUCCAAUUUGCACGUUAGAAAAUGACUGACAUUUAUGAAAGUCCCGAGCGAUCGCACAUGCUUAGCUCAUAUUAUCGAUAUAUAAAAUGCAUCUGUGGCCGAAUCGAUUCCACCCUACCUGCAUCUUACGUACAUAUAAUAUAAUAUCAUAGACUAUUGUCAAUAAUUGACAGCUCGUCUCAGAAAACGAAAAAAAUUCCGAUCCACGACUUGGCCUCACACCGGCUUCAGGACGAGAUCAUGUGCACGGUCUGGCCCUCUGCUCCGUUUCUUAAACGGGAAAACCUGUAUCCAUGAAGUAAUUAAUACUGGACUGGAGGAAUGGAAAAGCCAAAUGUUGGAAUUUUUAGUACCUCGUCAAACUAUGAAUAGCUCAGAAAAUACUGUACGUACGAUCUCGUCCAGAAACAGGUACGAGGACGAGUCGUGGAUCGGCCAGAAUAAAUAGGUCUGAAGUAAUAUGUAUUCUCAGCAGUUUUUGAGAAUUGUGAGAAGGAAUAUAUAUCGCAACGUCUAAUAUUAAAACUCAAUUCUUCUAGUAGACGAGAAAUCUAUACUGCAAUUAACUAAAGAGUGAUCAAAAUACAAUAGGGGGCCAGUCAAGUGUCACCCGAGCCUAAAAAAAUCAAAGAUAGACUUACUAAAUUAAUUUUAGCUCUAACUCUGGAACAGGCGGGAUCUAGCUGUGAUUUAGUUAAGUGGCUGUUUUCAGUUUUAAAAAAUAUUUAUUUAAACAAAAAUGAAUGAUCUCUCUAUACGGUUAACGAACUCACUAAAGAAAACCAUGUACAUAUGUGCCACCCGAAUCAGCGCUGUGCGCCAACAAGAGCAUCCUUUUUUUUAGGUUUCCCCCUCCAUCUUCCCCUUGAUUUAUGAUUUCUUAACCAAUUGAAUCGGUAGUGCCUGUUUGAAUAGCGGCCUAGUGUAUUUUGAUUCUUAUUCAACCAUCGUCAUUAAACAAAUACUUCGAUAUUCCCUUCUAAUGCUGGGUUCAGUGUUAGCUAUUGUCUAACUUUAUCGAAAUUAACACAGUUAAUUGAUCUCGCCAAAACGUACGAAAAGAUCAAAAUUUUUCGUCAAAAUGUAUACACGCGAUAAAGUACGAAGGUAAUUUUAAACAAAUGAUGCACAAAACUGUCCAUAACAAAUUAAAUGAAAAACAUAAAUAAGAUCAUUCGCAUUUCUUAACAAAAAAGUUAAACCACUCAUCAAGGAAACUCAUUUCUGAAUCGCGUAAAUCUAUAUUACAUAUAACUUUAUAAUACUUAAAUAGAUAAAAUCAUCAACAUCGAGGAACAUAAUAACAUUAUUCUAAACACUGCCAUAAUUUCCGAACUGUUGUCAGUCUAGUUUUAUUUGGGGAUACUAAAUCAGUGUUAUAAUUCAUAAAAUAAAAGUUUGAAGUGCAAUCGGAUAAUUGCCAAAUAACAUAAGUUGUAUCAUAAAUAAUUGUCCUCUUUCUAGAUUUCACGAAAGUAUUUAUAACUGAUAUAUGAGACGUGUAAUAAAAAUCUUAUAAUAAUAUCACUUCCAUUGUUUCGUAUAAAAUAGGUCAUAAAAAAAAAGAAAACGGGUGGUUCAUUUUCACAUCAUUAAUAUAAAAAUAUUUUUAGCAGGAAACUAAAAAACAAACGUCUUGAAGAAAAAGAAUAUUACAGUGCAGGCUUGCACAUUUUUGCGUGAUGUACAAAAUAGACAAAGAUGAUUAUAAACAUAAGAAAAUAGAAUUGGUACCAGGACAGGGAGCGUAACGAACUAACCAAAUAAUCCGGACAAAGAGCCGGCAAUUUUCGGGACGAAUAGGCACUCCGUAACUAAUAACAAAAAAGUAAUUUGAAUUUUCUUGUUGGCGUGCACAGGUUAUCUUUUAACCUACCUCGUUCUCGUUACGCCUACAUACUGUUAUU